UAUUGGAUCUUCAAUCUUGCUACCAGCUCGGCAGCCCCGUGGGCACCAAUUUCUGGAGGAAUCCUGACCCUCGGCGUGGAAUGUUUGACAUGAAGCAGGUGGAAAUCAGCAUGAAGACACAGCCUGAGGCACCACCAGGGUGCAUAGGAGGUCUGCAUGAGGGUCUUACUGGCACAGGCAGGGUAUGGAGCAGGGACCUGGCAUGCACUGUAGCUCUCCAGGGAGAGUGAGGGUGCCAAUGACACAGUAGUAUCUGCAGGUCUAAGCAACUCCCAAGGACAGAACCCAGUCAAAGUUCAUUUGUCCUCUACGCUUCACUUUUGAGAGUCCUGUAGCUGUCAGGAGGUGCGUGCGCUGCCUACCUGGUUGGAGUCUCCUGAGAGAGCCCGGGGAUCUGCUCUGCCUCCAGCCCCCUUCACCGGGUGCUCCAGGAAACCAAGGCCACCUCCGCCCUUGCUGCUGUUUGUCUAGGCAAGCCCAUGUCAGGACUUUGAUCUCCUUUGGAACACCUGCCGCGUGGAUGAGGGAGAUUCCUGAGACCAAGUGAGGAGAAGGCCCAGCACCCCCUCGGGAAAGGCACAUGAGUAAACUGAGUGAUUGGGAGGAUGGUGGAAUUUCCAGGGUACAGUCUCUCUGGCAUGAUUGCCUCCUGCUUCUUGAUCCUGCUGACUGUGAAGCAACAAGAUGACUUCAGAGUGCUCGGCCCUGAGGGUCCUAUCCUGGCCAGGGUUGGAGAGGAUGCCCUGCUGACCUGCCGGCUCCUCCCCAAGAGGAGCGCUGCACACAUGGAGGUGCUGUGGUACCGUUCAGAGCCCCGUGCGGCUGUGACUGCACCCCAGGGUGGGACUGACAUGGUCGAGGUGCAGGUACAGGAGUGCAGAGGACGGUUAGAGAUGCUAGAGGACGGCGUCGCAGAAGGCAGCGUGACUCUCAAGAUACGCAGCGUCCAGCCGUCUGACAGUGGGCAGUACUGGUGCCGUUUCCAGGACCGGGACUACUUCGGAGAGACAAGCUUGCUGCUCCAAGUAGCAGGUCUGGGUUCUGCCCCUCAGAUCCAUAUCACGGGGAACCAGUCAGGUGGAGUGGAGCUCCUGUGUACUGCAGAAGGCUGGUUCCCAGAGCCCCAUGUCCGCUGGGAGGACAGAUGGGGAGAGAGGCUGCUGGAGGUCUCAGAGCACCACGUCCUAGGUGAAGAUGGCCUGUUCCGCGUGGAAGACAUGCUCGUGGUUGGAAAUGUCUCUGUAGUGACCGAGACCGUGUCCUGCUUCAUCCACAACCCUGUCCUCGAGGACGGGAAGGGGGCAGUCCUCAACCUCCCAGAGAAGCUGCAGACUGAGAUGGCUUCCUUACAAGUGAUUGGACCUUCUCAGCCCAUCCCUGUCCGAGUGGGAGAAGACAUACAAUUAACCUGUUAUCUGUCCCCCAAGACUAAUGCCCAGGGCAUGGAGGUGAGGUGGGUCCGAUCCCUUUGGUACCCUGCAGUUUAUGUGCAUGUGAAUGGGGACCUCAUGGCUGGAGAACAGAUGUCAGAAUACAGAGGGAGAACUUCACUGGUGAGUGAUGCCAUCCAGGAAGGGAAGCUGACCUUGCAGAUCCACAAUGCCAGAGCUUCAGAUGAUGGGUGGUACCGGUGCCUGUUUGAAAGUGAUGGUGUCUACCAAGAGGCCAGCAUGGAGCUGAAGGUGAUAGCCGUGGGUUCUACCCCAUUUGUCACCGUGGAGAGGCAUAAGGCUGGAGAGAAACAACUGACGUGCACUUCUGACGGCUGGUUCCCACAGCCCCACGUGCAGUGGAAGGACACAGAAGGAAGAAUAGUGCCAUCGGAUCCUGCAGUCCUACAUCAGGGCCAAAAUGGCCUGUUUGACGUGGAGUCACACCUGUUAGUCACAAACAGCUCCGUGAUGAACGUGGCUUGUUCCAUCAGCAACCUCCCGCUGGGUGAGGAGAAGACAGUGGCUGUUUCCCUCUCAGAGUCCAAGAAGAAUUUUUCAUGGAAGAUGCUGCCUGUUUUGGGAUUGCUUCUGAUGGUGACCAUAGGCUUGAUCUGGAUGAAGAGCUGUAAAAAAGUGAGUAUGACCCAGGAUGUAAAGAAAACUCAUGUGAAAUCCACUCUUCCUGGGGAACAUGAGACCAUUGCAACCUGUGAACAUUCAUAUAGCCAGAUGUCCCAUAGGACGCUGAAAGCUUCCUCUACACCCCGGGUCAGGUGGGGCUCACGUCAGCAAAGGGGAACUGAGAUUUGGGGGUGAGGAUGAGACAGUGUGGGCCCUGGGCAUCAGUGACAAUAUUUUGAGGAAAAACUAACUUACAUGUUACUGUAAAAUGCGUUUUGGGCAAUGAGUUGCUGUGGACAUUAGCAUUGAGCCAUCAGUUCUUCAGACCUCUUCCUAAGGUGACCCCUGGUCUGCUGGCCUCCCUCCUUUAUACUUCUGGACAAUUCUCGCUCGUAACACAACCAAAACUUUCUUCAGUGAUUGCUCCUCUGUAUUUAUCACUCACCUAGAUCACUCUUUCAGAGAAGGCCUAUUCAUCAUCACCAUGGAAAUGGCAACCUUGAGUCUGGAAAACAGGAUCAUAUUAGGAGCCCCAGAUCUUUUCUCCUUCCACCAACAGCUCAACAGGAUCCAAGUCACGGGGGCUUUAACUUCACCCAGGAUUGAUAUCUGACCUGGAGACUGAUCUCUUCAUAGACUGGUCCUAGGCCAGUUUCCAUUCCAUUGUUUCUACCCAUCACAGUCUGAUGUCUGAUGACUGAAUGCUUAGAAAAAUCUAAUGGGAAAAGCAAUUUAGCAUAAAGGAGCAAAAAAAAAAAAUAAAACAGAGCAAGUAUUUGAUGAUUUUCUUUAAGAUGGUAACAAUUAUAUUGUCCAUGUAAGUGCAGUUUAGAGAACAAAAAACACAGUUUAAAAAACAAUAAGGGUUAAUACAGCUACAUAUGAAUAUAGAAAUCUGUUCAACAAAAAUAAUCGUGAAAUUUGUAAGAUGUGUCUUAAAAUUUCUGAUGUUAAUAGAAGUGAUGGGGAGGAUUUUUCUGUAUGUCUUGCCAGAGAGUAUAAAGCUUUAGAAACUGAAGCAGAAUGAUACUGUAAAAAAAUGAGCAGGUGAAGGAUUGUAACCACAAAGAUAGUUUAGAAUUUGUAAGCAGUUUAUGGAGAAUAAUACAAAUGUAAAUUGGUGGAUAUUUUCUGCAAUUGGGUAUUCACUGAUUGUGUAGCGAUAAAUGAAUACAAGUUCGAAAAAUA